AUGUCGACGCGGCUGGAGAGCGGGACGAGGGUGGGGUGGCUGUUUAACUACCACCCCACCACCGAGGUGCUGCAAGAAGAGGAGGACGCUUUCACCGGCGAGGGGGCACAGCGGGCGGUGCUCGUGCUGCUCUUCCAGGACCUCGCCGGCGACACCUUCUACGUGCACCUCCACUACGACCCGUACAUCCUCGUGCAGGCCGUCGAGGGUCACGAGCGCGAGGUGGAGCUCGGCCUCAUGUCCACCUUUGGCCAGCAGAUCAUCAGCGAAAUUGUCGCCGUGGAGAAGGAAGAUCUCGAUCUCGUGAACCACCUGAGUGGUAAGAAGCGCGUCUACCUCAAGGUGGUCUUCCGCAAUGUGCAGGACCUCACGACGGUGCGCGGGCGACUGGAAAAGACCGUCAAGCUCAACGCCUCCCUCGGUUCCGAGAACCCGCUGCGGAGCCAGUUCAGCGGCUCGCUCGGUGACGCCAUGGCCAAAACGUUCGCUGAGGAUCCCCUUUACAGCGCAGCCGGUAGCGGUCGGUGGAUGGACUGGGUGCAGGACAUACGCGAGUACGAUGUUAAGUACCACAUGCGCGUCGCCAUCGACAUGAAGGUGUACUGUGGUCUCUGGUACGACGUGACGGUCACGGAGGGAGGUGCGCGUGUGCAGCGGUGCGAUGACAGCCGCUACGCGCCGGCCAUGCCACGCGUCAUCGCCUUCGAUAUUGAAACGACAAAGGCUCCUCUGCGCUUUCCGCAGCCGGAGGUGGAUGAGGUGUACAUGAUAUCCUACAUGCUGGACGGUCGCGGCUACCUGAUCAUCAACCGCGAGAUCGUGACGGAGGACAUUGCGCCGUUCGAGUAUACCCCAAAGCCCGAGUACGAGGGCUUCUUCGAUACCUUCAACGAGGAGAACGAGGCAGCGACACUGCGACGCUUCUUCGAUGAGAUGCGCAAGUACAAGCCGAACGUCUACGUCACAUACAACGGCGACUAUUUCGACUUCCCCUUCAUCCACGCCCGUGCCCUGUACCACGGCAUGAAUAUGCGCAAUGAGAUCGGCUUCACGCAGAUGGCCGACGGCGCCUUCCUGAACAAGCAGAUCCCUCACCUCGAUUGCUUCUACUGGGUGAAGCGGGACUCGUACUUACCGCAGGGCAGUCAAGGCUUGAAGGCGGUCACGAAGUACAAACUCGGCUACGAGCCUAUCGAGGUGGACCCCGAAGACAUGCUCCCUCUCGCGCAGUCGCAGCCGCAGCGCAUGGCCUCGUACUCGGUGUCGGACGCUGUGUCGACGUGGUACCUCUAUCAGAAGUACGUGCACCCCUUCAUCUUUUCCCUCGCCACGAUUAUUCCGAUGCCACCAGACGACGUGCUGCGCAAGGGCUCAGGCGGCUUGUGCGAGUCGCUGCUGAUGGUGCAGGCAGAGGCGAACAACGUGGUGUUUCCGAACAAGAAGGAAAUAGAGCGGGAGCGUUUCUACGAGGGCCACCUAAUUGACACGGAGACCUACAUUGGCGGCCGUGUCGAAGCGCUGCGCAGCGGCGUGUACCGCUCCGAUAUCCCGAUGACGUUCGACAUGAAUCCUGAUACCUACCAGAGUCUCAUGGACGACGUCGACGAAGCACUCCGCUUCACCCUCGAGGUGGAAAACGGUGUCAAGGUAGAGGAGGUAACGAAUCUGGAAGAGGUAAGGGCGGCCGUCCUCGCCAAGCUAACGAACCUGCGCGACCGGCCGCACCAGCAAGAGAAGCCUUUCAUCUACCACCUCGACGUCGGUGCCAUGUACCCGAACAUCAUCCUCACAAACCGCCUGCAACCGUACGCCAUUGCGCGGCCAGACGUGUGCGCUGGAUGCUGCUUCAACUCCCCGAACAAUGAGGCGCAGUGCAAGCGUGUCAUGUCGUGGAAGUGGAGGGCCGAGCUCUUCACCGCCGGCCGCUACGAGUUUCAGCGGGUCAAGGCCCAGCUCGAGAACGAGUCCUUCGCUGCCGGCGUGAUUGAGCAGGCAAACCUCGCGGCCGUGCAGAAAAAGGUGUACGGCAACCGAAAGGGCAAUGUACUGGAGGGCACUUCGUACGAGCGGAAAGACGACUGGAAAAAGAACCAGAGCAGUCUCAAGGGUGCCGGCGGUGCCGGAUACCGACAGGAGUCGCGGCAGCAGCAGCGCGAGGCUGCCGACGCGCUUCUCCAGCGCGAGCUCGGUGCCGAUCGCGCCGGCGGCGGCGGCACCUCCGACUCGGACGACGACGCCGACGACGGCCCAAAGGCGUACCACAAGCUCAACGAGAACACGCAGUUCAACAUGCUGAAGCGGCGGCUCAGCGAAUAUAGCCGAAAGGCCUACGGCAAGAUUCACGAGACGCGCGAAGUGAUGCGGUCCAACGUGGUGUGCCAGCGCGAGAACUCCUUCUACGUCGACACGGUCCGCCUCUUUCGCGACCGCCGCUACGAAUACAAGGCAGCACUGAAGACAUGGAAGAAGAGACUGGACGCUGCGAAGGACUCGGACGAGCGCAAGGUGUGCCAGAGUCGCUGCGUGCAGAUGGAAUCGCUGCAGCUGGCGCACAAGUGCAUCCUCAACUCGUUUUACGGCUACGUGAUGCGGAAAGGCUCGCGGUGGUCGAGUAUGGAAAUGGCGGGCAUCGUCACCUAUCUCGGCGCGACGCUGAUUCAGAUGGCCCGCUCGCUUGUCCAGCAGAUCGGUGUGACGCUCGAGCUCGACACGGAUGGCAUCUGGUGCUGUCUUCCCAACACGUUUCCCGAGAACUUCACGUUGACCACGACAAACCCGUCCAAGCCGAAGAUAUCCAUAUCGUACCCGUGCGUCGUGCUGAACAAAAUGGUGCACGAUCGGUACUCGAAUCACCAGUACCAGGACCUUGUCAGCACGGGCGUGUACAAGACGCACAGCGAGUGCUCGAUCUACUUUGAAGUGGACGGCCCGUACCUCGCCAUGUUGCUGCCUGCUAGUCGCGAGGAAGGCAAAAGCAUCAAGAAGCGCUACGCCGUCUUCAACCCGGACGGCAGCUUGGCCGAGCUCAAGGGGUUUGAGCUGAAGCGUCGCGGAGAGCUGAUGCUUGUCAAGGACUUCCAGUCACAGGUGUUCCGCCGCUUCCUCGACGGCAGCACGCUCGCUGACGCGUACGCCUCGGCGGCUGUCGUGGCCGAUGCCGCACUUGACAUGCUUGAGUCCCAAGGCGAAGGCUACGAUACCGAGGAGAUCCUGGAGAAGAUUACGGAGAGCAGCAACAUGACUCGGCGCCUCGCCGAGUACCCCGAAUCGCAGAAGUCGCUGGCCAUUACGACGGCACGGCGCAUUGCCGAGUUCCUGGGACCGCAAAUGGUGAAAGAUAAGGGCCUGGCGUGCCACUUCAUCAUCUCACGCAUGCCGACCGGCCGCCCCGUCACGGAGCGGGCCAUUCCCGUCACGAUAUUCCGCGCGGACCCGGCAGUUCGCACGCAUUUUCUGCGCAAGUGGACCGCCGACGCGACGGUUCCGUCCGAGCUGAAUUUGAAGACGCUGCUGGACUGGGACUACUACACCGCACGCUUCAGCGCCUGUGUGCAGAAGAUCGUGUCUAUUCCGGCGGCGCUGCAGUCGCUGCCGAACCCAGUGCCGCGCGUGGAGCACCCGGACUGGCUGGAGAAGCGCAUUCGUCACCGCAACUCCCGCUACCGUCAAGUCUCACUUCUCGGCAUGCUAUCAAAGGCGCAAGUCAAGAACGAGACACUGGCUGGCGUGUCGGCGGCAGCCGCCGCCGCCGCUGCUGUCAGAGUGGACGAGGACGAAGACGUGGUCGUGCUGAAGCACGGGGGCGGUGCAGGCGCUGUAGAGGGAGAGCUGCAGGACUUGGAGGACAUCGUGGACGGUGCAGGCAGCAGCACCGUACGUCACGCGCCCAAGACACAGAAGGCCGGUGCGGCCCGUGCUGGUGAACGACGAUGUGCCGCGGGGGCGGACGCUGAAGCGGACUGGGACGAAGACAACGCGGAUUGUGAGGGGGAGUCGGAGGACGACAUGGAGCGGCUACAACGCGAGGCGGAUGCUGAGCUGGAUGCGCUGGCACACGAUGUGAAGCAGCGCUACUUUGCGCCAAAGAGCGCGAACGCGCUCGACGCAGACUUUUUCGCUGACCGUGGUGCGAAGCGGUGGCUGGCGCAGCGCAAGGACACGUGGCUGCAACGAGCUCGCCUGCGCAGGGAGCUGGCACUCGAGAACGGCCUGAGCGAGGUCGCUCUGGGCGGCGAGAACAGUGACGCAGCGGCUCUCGGGCUAGCGACGGUGCCCGAUGCCGCUGGCAUGAGCAGCCCCUUCAUCGAUCUAAAGUCACGCGCGCUGGCGACCGUCUGGAACGUGCUCGAGGUGCGCGAUAAUGAGGAGAGCCCCGGAACUGUGCAGGUGCUUGCGGCGCUGGAGCACAGCCUGUACUCCUUUCGCGUUCAGGUGCGUCGCACCGUCCUUCUCGACGCGGACCCCGCGCUGCGGCUGGAGGCGUUCGACGCCACUGAGGUCAGCGGGCGGGUGCUGCCGCGGCGUGCAGCAGCAGGUCGCCUCUACCAGGUCAAUGUUCCGCCUGGCGAGGAGGGGGAGCAGUGCCUCAACGCGCUGCACGUGAUGGAGGGUGUCCGCCAGAUCUACGAGGAGCAUCGCACGCGCGUGGACGCGUUCGUGGAGCAACUCGGUUGCUGCGUCUCCGUCGACUCGGCGCGACACCUGCGCAACGCGCGUCGUCGCCCACCGUCGAAGCGUGAGCUCUUUGGCAUAGAUGAGAUGAACAUGCACACGUACACGAAUUAUCUCAGCUGUGGCGCCGCGGACCGUGCCGUGUUCGUCUUCCACGCGGUGACGGAGCAGCGCGGUUUGAUCGCUACGGUUUAUCCGCAGACGAAUACUGCCUUCGUUGUCUUUAUUCAACCAGCUGAAGCGGCGAAACCCGUGAUCAACUGGGGCAGCAUUUGCGCGGAGAGCGCGAAGCGGCUGCACACGAGCACGCCGGAGCCGAUUCAGGUCACAUCCGCGGUGGCGGUGGAUCAGCGGGCGGCGUGGCGGCAGGUUCAUCAGCACCUGAGCGCCGCUUUGGAAAGCACCAAGGCGCCUCUUCUCGCUGUGCUUCAGAGCUGCCAGCCCACGUCGACACUCCUGCAUCAGCGCGCGUUGCCUGUGGGACUGCCGUACCUGCGUGUCCUCGGCGCUGCGGAGGAUGAGCGGCUGCUGAGCGACCCGUUCCGCUGGACACGCCUGCUGGCGCGGCGGCUGUUCGAGCGCUUCUUCGCUUCGCUGUUGUGGGUAGAGGAGCGUCUGGCGCUGAGCCGUGUCUCCGGCAUCCCGCUUUGCAACAUUGCCCAGGACAGCUGCGUGCAUGUGCUGGAUGUGCUGUACAGUCGUGCCCUGCACCGGCGCCAUCACGUGCUGUGGUGCAGCAGCGACCCUCUCAUCACUUUUGACACCGUGGAGGAGCGUCCACGUGAGGUGUGCAUGACCGGCGGCUAUACUUCGUGGUGCGUCGAAUUCAGCCUUUCGCGCCUGGACGUCGUCGCCCUGCUCUUCUCACAGGCGAUUGAGGAGGGCGAUGACCCGAACGCGCGGGUGCUGUCUGACCGUGGCGUAUCCACGCACUUCAAUAUCCUGCGUGAUCUGGUGGCCGACUUGCUGGGGCAGGCCAUGGAGAACAUCCUUGCUGACACACUCCUGAACAACGUGGCGCGGUGGCUGCGCGACCCGGCGUCGUCCUGCUACGAGCCGCGCUUGGUGGAGCUUCUCAGUAGCCUCGCGCACCGUGCCCUCACGGGCAUCCUGCUCCGCCUCGCCAAGCUCGGCGGCCGCGCCGUAAAGGUGGACGGCAGUUCCGUCACCGUCCUCACCUCCAAGUACUCGCUGCAAGAGGCGGUGAGCUUCGCACGCUUUAUGACAGCAUCGCUGCAAGACCAGCCGAUGCUACUGCUACUCUCACUGCAGCCAUUGCGCUACUGGUGUCCAUACGUUGUGCUUGACCCUUGCGACUACGCUGGCCUGUUCAUCACCGAGGACGCCAUCAAGCUCAAGGAUGGCGAGGAGCCGACACGAUCGGAUCUGCACGUAGCUCAUCAGCUCACGAUGGCUAGCCGACUUCCCAGCCGUGUCCGCAGCACUUUUGCGAAGCGCGUUGUCGAGACUCUCUACCAGCUGAACGCGUCAACACGCCAUGUCUACUGCGGCACGGUGGCCGAUCACACGGUCACGCUCGCCACGCGACACGAACACCUGACGCGGCGCUUGCUGCAGGACUCGCAGAAGCUCUUUGAGGGUGACCUGCAGACAGAGAUCAUGGACGAGGUGCAGCGCGUGACGGACACGCGCGACUUGUACACCGAGGAGGAGCACGCGGCCCACGAGCGCGGCGAGCUGACGCUGUGGUCCAGCGGCGCCGUUGCACUCGAGUACGCGAAGUGUGUGUGUCGCGUGCUGGAGCUGAUCCCGUGCAACGGCGCCGUCGGCAAGGUACGCAACAACUGCAUGCGUCUCUGCGGCAUCAGCCCCUUCUCCGCCCAGUCGCAGUUUCAGGCCGAUCCGUUUCUGGCGCACCGCCUUCAGUCCGUCACCUGCAGCUUCUGCAACUCACACAUCUUGAUCGACUUGCUUGUGAGGCGGAAGUCGGUGACGUCGCCAUUUACGUGCACAGCGUGUGCGGCGCCCAUUGCGGCAGCUUCCAUGGAAGGAACGCUGGUCCGUCAUGUGAGUCAGCUGCUGCGAGUUUACAACCAGCAGGACUUCGUGUGCACAAAGUGUCGUGAGAUGACAACAACCUACGUGGCCGAAAGGUGCUGUGGCGCGCUCGUCGGCAAGGCCGCGCCGGUAGAGGGCGAGCUCCGGGCAGUUCAUCACAUUGCGAAGAUACAAGGUUUUGCGUGGCUUGCCGAGAGCGUGGAGGCGGCGCUCCUCUGCACGUGA